AUGCGCACAUCUGUUCUGGUGGCCGUGUCGGCCGGCACCGUUAUCACCGGCUUGCUCGCCUAUGCCGCGUACUUUGACCACAAGCGACAGACCGAUCCCGAAUUCCGCAAGUCCCUCAAGCGGAACAACCGCAAGCUCGCCAAGGCUGUGAAGGAAGAGGCGGAGGCCCAGGGUGCUGCUCAGCGCGAAGCCAUUAAGGCGGCUGUGCAGCAGGCCAAGGAUGAAGGCUUCCCGGCCGAUCUGGAGGAGAAGGAGUCCUACUUCAUGAACCAGGUCGCCAAGGGUGAAGGGCUGUGUGCCGAGGGCUCCGACCAGAUCGAAGCGGCCCUUGCUUUCUACAAGGCCCUCAAGGUGUACCCACAGCCUAAGGAUCUGAUCUCGAUCUAUGACAAGACUGUCCCCAAGGAAGUCUUGGAGAUCCUGGCCGAGAUGGUUGCCAUGGACUCCGGUCUGAAGUUGGGCUCGUUCACGGGCGAGAGCAGCCCGGCCGACAACCACGGUGUCGAGUAA